AUGAAGCCCAUCAGCGUGGGAGGGCCGUUGGGUUGCCUCAAGACAGCCCUGCGAACUACCGGACUACAAAGGGCCGCUCAGCGAUCGAUCGCGACCGCUGCUCUACCCCAAAGCGCAUUCAAUGGUGCUUUCAACAGAAAUCAACGGGAGGAAAUCAAGCGAGUCAGCCAGUUCCAAGUCUACCCACCAGUUCCCUCAGUCCGGGCUACCGUCCCCAAUCCAAUGCCCGCCCUCCGCAAAGCGCAGGUCGAGAAGCUCGAUCCCACCGGUGCACGAACCCGAAUGUUCUCCAAGGAGCACGCAGACAGCGCCAAGGUGGGCGAUGUUUUGAUGGUAACGACAAAGCAAGGAGAGCCCUUCGCCGGCGCCUUUAUCCAGAUCCGACGACGCGGCGUAGACACGGCGAUCCAGCUACGUGGACAGCUGAUGAAGAUUGGCGUGGAGAUGUGGUUCAAGAUUUACAGCCCGUCGGUGACGGCGAUCGAUGUCAUCUGGCGUCGUCCAAAGAGGGCAAGGAGAGCCAGGCUCACAUACAUGCGGAAGCCCAAGCACGACAUGGGCAGUGUGGAUCAGCUCGUGUUCGCCUGGAAGAAGGAGCGUUACGCACUGCGUUCCAAGGAGAAGGCGAGGGCUGGCCACCAGAGGAAGAAGUAG